CAGACAGUCGGAGCGGGAGUUUAUCGGGGGUUUCGGGGAGAUGCUGUCCCCGCCGAGGAGAUGGAUCAGAGACCAGGCUCCGAGCUCUGUAACCUCGUGUGUGAGGAGAGGGCUGUGCAGCAGGCGUCACUCUCUGUGGAUCCUCCUCAUCCUGCUCGUGGUCUGUAUUGCCAUCCAGACCUUUGUCGCCCGUCAGGCCAGGAAUGACAAGCUGACAGAACUCCCACAUCUGAGAUUCACUGUCAGCAAACAGCACCUGUUUCCUACUGAGCAAAAUGUCUGGGAAGGCAUCCAAUCUGAGUCUUCACUUGCAUUAAAGGAAGACAUGAAGUCGCUGCAGACAGACAGAACUGCAGAUCUUCAUCAUCACAAUGAGGGAUAUCAAAAGCAAUCACAUUAUAGUCUGUCAAAACUUGUAGAUAUCCUUGCUAGAGACUCUCAGAUGGAGGCCAGGAAAGUUUCACCUGGGAAGCUGCUUCUACCAAAACAUGGAACAAUCCUUGGACUCCCAGGUUCUUUGGCUCUCCACAGUACUUGGAAAGGUGUCAGCAGCCGAAGUGUGAGGGAGUUCCACAUCAUGUGCAACCACAUGAGGUUUAGAAAAUCUGAGGUGGCAAAAGUGAUGCCUGAGGAUACCUUCUACUUUUCCAUCCUGAGGCAUCCUGUGGCCAUGAUGGAGUCCAUCUUUAUCUACUACAAGAGCAUCCCAGCCUUCCACAAGACUCACAGCCUGGACGACUUCCUAGACAACAGCUGGAGAAACUACAACUCAUCAGUGACCAACAACCACUACGCUCAUAAUAUCGUGGCUUUCGACUUUGGCUUUGACAACAACGUUGCAGCUGGUGCUGAAGAUCUGGAGGAGAGAGCCAGCAUAGCUGUGGCAGCCAUUGAACGGGACUUCCACCUUAUUCUUAUUUCUGAAUACUUUGAUGAGUCUAUGAUCUUGCUCAAGCAUGCCCUCUGCUGGUCCCUGGAAGACGUUGUUUCCUUUAAGCUCAAUAGUCGCAGUGAACAAACCCGUCACCCACUUUUAACAAAUACUGCAGAGAAAAUCAAGAGGUGGAAUGCUUUAGACUGGAGGAUCUACCUUCACUUUAACACCACCUUCUGGCACAAAGUGGAUAGUCUCGUUGGGCAAGAGCAGAUGAAGAGGGAAGUAUCUCAGCUGAGAGAGCUACAGGCCGAGCUAGCAAAGAGCUGCCUGAAAGACGGCGGGGCAGUCGACCCGUCCCAGAUAAAAGACGCCGGGCUGAAACCGUUCCAGUAUGGAGCAGCUAUAAUUCAGGGCUAUAACUUAAAUCCACAUAUAGACAGACAAACCAAAAUUAAAUGUCAAAGACUUAUAACUCCAGAACUGCAGUACACGGACCUUAUAUACACCCAGCAGUUCCCAGAGCUAGCUGCUAAGCAUAGACAAGAAACUAGGAAGGUUGCUCCUCAGCGCCAACGCUCAGACAGAACUGGGAUGAUGGGAAUAGCCUGGGGCAGAGAAGCCCAUCACAGACAGAUCAUAAGACGCAAAUUCUCAAAUCUCAAGAACCAAAAGGCCUCCACAACUGCCCUGUUAACACACACAGAAGCUAACAACAAAACAAGUAUGCCAUGAUUGGUAACUGUUAACAAUAGUCCUAGAACAAUGUUUGUGAGAUGUUUCGUCUAUUACUCACUUUCUAGAAUUAGUCCAUUAUAACCCACACAAUGAAGUGUUGAGAUGGAAGAAACAACUUAUAGUGUUGCUGUUGUCUCGUCUCUUGAUAUACUCGUCUUAUCAAUAUUGAAGCUAAAAAUGUAAAGGUCUUUUUUUAGGUGGUGAUUAAGGGAUUGUCACAAUGUUAAGUUAAUUUAAGUUAAAGUUCACUGUCAUUCUUCUCCUUACAAGUUAUUUAAUAAUCAAUAACGGAAUACAGUGCCCCCGGGGCCAUAGUGCAAUACAUAAAAAACAAUGCACUGUUGUCACGGAAAAUAAUGUGUUCUAAAUUAAAAGGGUUCAUCCUGUGAGUAACAUGACAUUACUGAGUUUGGUGAACCAACGAUUUCUCUUCUGUAUGAAAUGGAAUAUUUGGCCUGACUGUGGCGGCAAAAAAUAAUUCAUACCAUCACCAACUAGCAUAUGGUUCAUCCUCUUUUGAUCAUGAAUAUUUCCAACAAAUUUAACUGUUUUCAAAUCUGGUGGUCCUAUUGAUAGGAUGACAUUGUUUAUUGAUGCAUUCCAAAAGAGGUAUGCCCGUUACAAAAAAUAUUCAUAAUUCUGAUUGGUUAUGUUUAGCUAAAUACAACUGAAUAUACACUAGGGAACAAUAGUGAUGAUGGUUUAAAAAAAAAGAAGUUGACUGCUAGCAGGACGGGAUGUGAGUAGUGUCACAGUAACAGCGUCACACUGCUUCCCACUUUGCCACUCAGAGACAACAGUCAUUAUCCACUCGACCAUUAGUGGUUGCUCGGCAAGAAGACAAACAAAAGUUAUUUUAAGUGUAAACCAAGUUGCAAGGCAUACCCGGUUACUUCCCAUCCAAGAAAUACAGCUGUAGAGCUGCCCCAAGAGCUUGUCAAUAAUACAUCCAUGAUUCCUAUACAUUUUGAUAGUUUGUUUAUUGAAUUAUUGAUUUAAAGUGUCAGAAAUGAGAAAAUAUUCCCAUCAGCUGGCAGUGGACAGGUUACACCAAGAGCUCCAACAGCCUACUGUGACUCCUGGUGCUGGGGAUUUCACCGGUCGAAUCCGAGCCACCAUAGCCGUCCACGGGGAAGGACGAAAACAAAAGAAAUGAGCUGUUCCCUAAUGUCUGCCUCCCUGGACCAAAGACAAUAAACUAUCAAAACGUUAAAGUUAGUGCCACAGUAAACACCAUAAAUAUAAAGCAUCUUUGGUAAACUCUGCAUUGUUCUUUACAACGCCCUUUAGCUGUUGUACAAUCACUGUAACUUAUGUCCUCAAGUGGCUAAUUGCUUUUAUAAAAAUAUUACCACAUAUACUAAUACAAUAAA